AUGGCUGAUCCCUCGGUCUGGCUGAUCACUGGAACGACCUCUGGCAUGGGUGCUGCCAUGAUGGAGCAAUUCGCUGCUCGGGCGGACAAGGUUAUUGCGACAGGCCGCAGCGCUUCCACCAGACUAGCGGAUAAAAAGUCCGAGAACAUUUUCCCCCUUGACCUCGAUGCCACGGCCCCGCUGUCUGUGGUUAAGGAGCAGAUAGAAAAAGCCAUCAAUGCUUUCGGCCAUAAUGACUUCGUCGUCAACAAUGCCGGCUUAUCAUUUCCCCAAUCGAUCGAGGAAGCAGACGAUGCUUUUACCAGCAAGUUGUUGGAUACCAACCUAGUUGGUGCGAUACGACUUGUACAGGCUGUUCUUCCUCACUUUAGAGAGAGAAAAGCAAGAACAUUUGCCUUCAUUGGCGCUGGACUCGGUUGGGAAUCUUAUCCAUUCCGCACUCAUUACGCGACCGCAAAAGCAGGACUUUCAAUGUUUGUCGAGUGCCUCCAAAAGGAAACUGCUCACCUAGGUAUCAAGGCUGUCAUCUUCGAGUCUGGUGCGUUCGUGACCGGCAUGGAGCAAGCACGCACUGCAGCAGACGUUGGGGUUGGCGGCGCCCCGAGCAUCCCAGAUUACCAACCCUUCUUUAACGAAGUUUGGGGGCAAUUUGUGCAAAUCAUAAGCCAGAGCAGUCCUUCAACUGUCGAGAAAGUCCCCCCGGCUGUUUGGGAUGUAGUUAAAUCAGAAGGCAUGGCUUCCGGGAAGCCUUUCCCCAUCCGAGUGCCAUUGGGUCUGGAUGCCUUGGCAGGUAUUAGGCAAAAGUGCCAUGAACAGCUUCGGCUUUGCGAUGAAUGGGAACAGGUUGCGCUGAGCACUACAAAGGAAGGAGCAAGUCCUACGGCAAGCCCGUGUCUGAUGGAGAAAUUAUCUAUUUUGAACCUGACCAAGUCGACAUAA